AUGACCCUCGCUUCAGAUGAGGCAGAUCUGCAGGAGGCGGAAAAGCUUCGGGCGCAGGAGGCCGGUGUCUUCGCUGAGGCGGAGCAGGGCCUGGUGUCAACCGUGGACGCCCUGGACCGGGCUCUGGCGAUUGUGGGCCACGAGCAGCGGAAGGUCUACAAGAGCGAGGCGCUGCUGCAGACGGAAACCAGCGGGUCCUUUGUGGACGCCUUCUCCGCCAUCGUCGAGGCCUCUUCCGUGGCAUUGGCGGAUCGGCAGCGGCUGGUGGCGUUGGCGCAAGGCUCCCAGAAGGAUGUCUCCGCAGAGGAUGCUGAGGAUUCCGAGCUGAACGACGCCUUAGGGCUAACGCCCACUGCAUACCAGUCGAAGAGCUCUUCGUUGGUCACCGUACUGAAUGAGGUCCUUGAGAAAGCCCAGACUGAGCUGGAGAAGCUCCGGCGGGAGGAGCAGGAGAAGCUACACAGCUACCAGCUGCUGAGGCAGUCUCAGAGCGAGAAGAUGAAGUAUGCGAAGCGAGACAUGGCAGCGGCGCAGGAAAGGAAGGGAGACGCCGCUCAGCGGAUUGCCGCCUCCGAGGGCAGCCUGGCAGAAGCGCAGCGCAGCGUGGCGGAGACAGUGGCCGCCUUGCAGGAUCUGCAGGGCACAUGCCUCAAGAAAGCCACCAAAUUCGAGGAGGACACACAGGGUCGCGCAGAGGAGGUGAAGGCGUUGCAGGAAGCAAAGGAGGCCAUCGAAGCCAAGCUCGGUGGUGGGCGCGCCGCCUCCUUCCUGCAGCUGGGCAGAGGUGUCGACCUUACCCCAAAACGUCUCUUGGCUGAAGCGCUUCAGCCGCUUCAGCUCUUCAUCCGGUCCUUUGGCUCAAGACGAAGCGGCCAUCGGGGAUGCUGCGUGACUUUGGCAAAGCCAAAGAGAUUCGGCAGCCUCCAGGAGGCCGUCGAGUUUGCGAGGCACCACGUGGACUCUGUGCUGCGGCGUGCCGAGGCGGGCGCCAGAGCUGCCGCGGCAAGUCAGCGAGGCACCUCGCUUGGCGGGCGACGAUGCGGUGCCCGCGACUUCCUUGACCCGCUUAGCAGUUCUGCGAGCCUUCGCAAGUACCUCCUCGCCGCAGACGCGGUGCGAGAUGUAGAGCAGCGUUCCGUCGGGCGAGGGAAGUACGAGGAGUACUUCGCUUCCUUGGACCGCCAGCUUGCGGUAUUUGACGAGUUUCAUUCCGAAACCGUGCCGUCGAGUUUCAAUGAGACUUGA